UGGGAGUCGCCUUGUCUCUCUCUCCGCCUCGCCCCGCGCGCGCUCUCUCGAGAGAGGAGAGCCGCAGCGUAGUAGAGGCUCUCUCGCGCCGUGCACCUUCUACACUCGCGCGACACCCGAGGAUCGGAGUGGCCGCGUCGCGCGCGCGGCAGCGAGGGUGAGAAGAAAGGAUUAGGGGUCAGGGGGGGAGAGUGGAGGAAAAAAAGGAGAGGCGACGAAGUGUAGAAGAGUGACGUGACGCCCAGGAGCGGCGUCUCGCAGUGUGUCCUAGGAGACGCCGGGUUAAGGGGAUCUCGACCACCACGAGGCGACAACGUCGGGUUUGGCGCUGGAAAACGUGCGCGUCGGUAAGCGCGGGAGUGACCGCGAGAGAAGCGAUGGUCCCCACGAGCAGGCGGCAUCCACCGAGUGAUACCGUUGAAAAGAGGAGAUCGCCUGCCUCGCUAUUAAUCUCGAGCGAAGGAUUGUCAAUCAUCUGUCAAGUCGGUCGACAGACAAACGGUAGACAAUUUUUCUCUCUCUCUAUUCCGCGCUGCCCCGCGUUAACCUCGCGUAUAACCUCUACGUCGACACAAUCCCGGUCGGCGGCCGAGGUCUCCUCCCUCCGUCUCUCUCUUUCUCUCUCCCUCCCCCUCUUCCCUCUAUCCUUUCCCCCGUCUCUCGCCAGCCGUCCCUGUUCCCCCCCCCCCCCCCUCAGCGGGAGACGACGACGACGAGCUCCGAGUCCGAGUUCCCUUCGUUUUCUCGUUCCCGUACUCGUUCCCUCGCACGCCCGGGGUACAUCGCGAGAGGUUCGUGAUGUGAGACGCGUCACGCUCGUGGACGACGACGUACCCCGCGGGCGGUAACGCGAUACUCCUCCUAGCAUUCUGACGAAUAUUCCCUCGCGAAUAUCGUUUACGUGUUCCUAAAGAAACUUGACACAUUUGACGUGCGUCGUCUCGUCCGGUCGUCAUAAUCCUCGUCGUCGUGGUCGCGGGUAACGUGUAACGCCUCAUCGGAGAGCCUUUGCGCGCGCGCAGCUGUCCUGUGUACACGUACACGUAUACUCCGCGUACGUGUGCGGAGUCUUUCUGAGUGUAGGUGUAGACGAGGUUGGUACGUCGAGAGAGGAGAGAAGAGAAAGAGAGAGAAGAAGAAGAAGAAGAAGAAGAGAGGAGACAAGAGAGAAAGAGAGAGUGUGAUGCGGCGCGCACGGAGGGUCGGGACCGACGACUGACUGACUGACUGGCUGGCUGGCUGGCUGGCUGGUGGCUGGCUGAUGGAGUGACUGACUGGCGCUCGCGGACGCUAGCGGUGGUUAGCGAAUGCAGAUCGACCGCGCGGCGGACCACGGUGGACUCAUGGAAGGCACGCUGGAGGAGCUUGCCGCUAAGGACUCUUCUCGGAGCAGCCCCGACAAGCACUCGAAAGAUAUGAUUAUUCCGAAUGGUGUCAAUGGGAACUAUAGCGCUGACAACGAAGAAUACAUGGAUAUCAGUGACGAUACAAGCAAGGCAGCAUUGAAAGAUAUGAUUGCCGAGGAAGAGGACGCCGAAGAGGAGGAGGAGGAGGAGGAGGAAGAGGAGGAGGAGGAGGAGGAGGAGGAAGAAGAUGGGGAGGAAGAGUUCGACGAGGAGGAUCGCGAAAGAGCGAUCGAGAUUCAAGGAAGAAAGGAUGAACAAGAUAGUGAACGAAACGAGACAGUAGGUAAUAUAACUUCCGGUGAGGAAGGUGAAACGUUCGAUUUGAAACGUGACUUUAAAGCGUCAUGCUCGUCACCCGUCGUUGGUGUAAGUGAGACGAACAAUUCUAGUGAAGUGUCUAAAAAAACUGAUGUAGUAGCCGAGUGUAAAAGCACAUCCUGUGCAGAAGCCAUGGAGGUGGACGAACAAAGUAACAACUCGGACGUGGAGUGUCUCGACGAGAGUAUCACGGAGAUACAAUUGGAUAGCGACGAUGUGUUCAUUUCGAAGAAAACUAUUGCGGAAAAGCAGGACAACGACAUGUCGUCGAACUGCAGCUGCGACAGCAGCGAGAUGGCCGACAGUAGCAUGGAGAAGUCGUCGGACGUGAAGCUUUGCGAGGAAAACGGGAGCUGCGGCAGCCCGGAGAUCGAGGAGAUCACCGAUAGCGCGAUGGCGAAGGGCAACGAUCACGACGCAUCGUCGUCGUCGUCGCUGGAACGCUCCGGCAGCAGCAAAGAUCCCACGAAGCAGAGGAAACCGCGGAAGCAGAUAGAUCUCAGCAGUAUCACGCCGAGGCGGAGCUCGCGCAACAUCAAACGCACGAGCUACAUCGAGAAGGAGCUGGAAGAAGAGGUUGACGACGAUGGAUCUGAUAUAGAGGAAAUCAAACCGGAGGAUCCGCUGGCCGGUAUUGAUAACAGCAAGGACAAGGAGAACUCGAAACUGAAGUCACCGGUGAGAAACAGCAAGACCACCAUCGUCGUUAACGACACGAAGCGACUGGUGGAGAUCGCCGCCGGCAGCAAGUCUAUCAAAGGCGGCAAGAAGGAGCCCACGUUAGUCAUAAUAGACACGAACUCUAUUCUUUCGGGCCGCGGCGGUGUGCCCGUGAGUAACAGCAAGCCUCAUCACUCGGUCUCCAACUCGUCCAGCUCCCCAUUCUCGGUCGUCCCGAUGAGUGGUAUGACGACGCAGACAAUGUAUCCGAAUAUGAGGACGACCAUCACGCCGGUACCCAUGACCUCGAAAACGGGAACACAGCUCAGCCCGAAAACCAGUAGCACCAGUAUGACCACAGUCACGCCGACGAUACCGGCGAUUCUACCGACGCUGACCGACGAUAUGUUCGUAGUCGAGGCGCCGUCCUUUAUCGUACCUUACGUAUACGAAAAACCACCCCUGAAACCACUGAAGGAAUUCGUCACCAAGAUAGAGAGGUGGAUCGAUGAGAUAGAAAAGGAGGAGAAGCUAAAGAGGCUUGCUGACGAAAAUAAGGACAAUGAGGAGUAUAAAGAGGAUCUUCUAGAUAUUAUUAAAAAGGGCAAUGACAAGUCUGAGGAGAGUGACGCCGAGAGUAGAGGAGGUAAGCGAGACAGCGGAGAUGACAGAGGUGACGGUUCAAUAGAUUUGAUCGAGCAAUCUAUAUACAGUGGUCUAAGUGACAAGCACGAGUUGAGACAGGACGAUAGAAACAAAAUACCGACGUACUUUGAUCUGCCGCUGGGCAAGUUUUUCAUGCAGAUCGGAAUGAACCUCGUGCAGGAGUAUGUGCAAACUGAUCUCUUACGGACUCAAAAACGUAAACAGGGCAAGGGUAGCACAUCGGCCGAGACUCAAUUAGCUAUAAAUUCACUUAUCAAGAAUUUAGAGUUUAGUAAAGAAAAUAACGAACCAUUCCAUUUAGAGAUGAAAAAAUGCGAGUUCUGUAGUUUUAAAACGGAAUCGACAUUAGUCAUGCAACAUCAUCUAGAGACACCGCAUAUGCGCAAUUACGUUUACAAGUGCAACUUCUGCCCAAUGGAGGUUCGCAGUCCCCACGAUAUCCUGUAUCACAUGGAGGCGGAGCAUAAUACUCGUGGUAGACUGGAACGCGGUCCUGCCUUCCAUCAGUGCCCGAACUGUCCGUUCGAGGACAAUCAGAAGGGUAAGCUAACGCGGCACAUUCUCGCCUGCACAAAGAAGUUCAGACCGGAGCGGAAUCUAGAACCCUCGGUGGAUUGGGAGCCGCCAGCGAAGAUACCGCGAUUGAAUCGCGCACGACCCGUCGGCCCGACCAAUCCGAACGCGCUCGCAGCCAUGGCGAUGAGCGCUAAGGGUCCACAACCGCUAUUACCAAAAUUGCUUCCUGCACCACCGAUCACAGGACGUGGAAGGGGACGGCCGCCGAUGCAGCCGAGAUACUCCGACCUGCCGAAAACAUUGCGACCAGGUGCUACUACAAUGCGGCAAGACAAUGUUACAGGAAUGAUGUAUCGUCCUACAACCUCUGGUUUAUUGGUACCCACGUCAUACCAAUUUGGUAGUAACCAAAUAUUCCAGGUGGUGGGUGGCUCUGGGACUGUCAUGUCGGCUGUCUCGGGAGUGAGUAGCAGUAGCGGCGGCAGUUCCGGUCAACCCACACCAAUUGCACUUGUACCCAACGUAAUCGACUCUCUGUCUAGGUUGUCCUCAUCACAGAACACAACAGCCAGUCCCAAAAAUCCUACAGCGAAGCUAUUAAGUCAGCCAAGUAUAUCUAUUACUCCACUACCACGUACAACAUCACAAACCUCCAUUCCGGGUUCAGGAACUUCUUCAAAGUCUGGAGGGAAAAACACAUUUGUUAUAUGUGAAAUUUGUGAUGGAUACAUUAAGGAUCUAGAACAAUUACGAAAUCAUAUGCAAUGGAUCCACAAAGUAAAAAUACAUCCAAAGAUGAUUUAUAAUAGACCUCCAUUAAACUGCCAGAAAUGCCAAUUCCGAUUCUUCACAGAUCAGGGUUUGGAAAGACAUUUAUUAGGAUCUCAUGGGCUUGUCACAUCCAGCAUGCAAGAGGCAGCAAAUAAAGGAAAAGACGCAGGCCGUUGUCCAGCUUGUGGCAGGGUGUAUCAAUGGAAAUUAUUAAAUCAUGUUGCUCGAGAUCAUGGGAUGACAUUAAAGCCAGCACACCUAUCAUAUAAGUGUACAGUUUGCACUGCCACGUUCGGAAUGUACAAGCAGUUCGAGAACCACGUAUACUCGGCACACAGUGUCGUAGCAAAGAGAGUAAUGGAUAAGAAGAACGCGCCUGCAUCUCCAUCGUCCAGAUCAAACGAUUCGCUUCUAAAGCCAUUGAAAAUUAACGACGAGAUUACGAUUAUUCCGCAACCAGCAAAACCUACAACCAGAUCCGGCGCGAUUCAAGGCAGGGGAAAAUAGCAAUGAUGAGUUUGAGUGAUAAGUGUGUCUUGUCUGAUCGAAUUUCACAUAACUCUUUGUGGUACUCCAUACCGAUCACUGCGAAACGUACAGUGGUUAACGUGCCGUUAACGUGUACAUGUGUAUGUAUACUAUGCUUUAAGACGCGUAUUAAUUCCAAAACACCUAAAGGAAAAAGAAAACGAAGGAAAAGAAAAAUAAAAAACUUACGACUCUUGACAACAAGGAAACUAGUUGACUGCGUAAUAAUAUUCCAUCAAUGAUUAUACCGAUAUAUAUUUAUUUAAGAAUUUUUAUUGUUGUUAUCGGACCUACAUAAAAUAGACUGUAAAAACAUUAAAGGGUGGCCUUCAGUCUGAUUCCUUGGUUAAAUCCUAGAGCUGCAUACUCCCGACCUAUAAACGCCUAUAUGUGUAACACACGGACUCUCGCGCGAAAUAUCAAGUGUAUUUCAGUGCGACAUUAUGUGUCGUAAUAUGUCGCGCGCAAUACGGAUUUACUCUCUUACAUAGCGAAUUCUCUGUAAUGUAAAUUCUUUUUCUAAGAUAAAUAUAUUCGAAUUUAUUCUAUUUUGUUAUUAUGAUGCUAAUAUGACUUUGAGACAAUAAAAUUGUCUCUUAAUCUCCGGUUUGAUAGGACGAUAAACAUCAUGUUUGCGAAGUAGUUUCCGAACGAUAUAUGAUUCGAUAUAUUGUACUAAGUGACCAGAGUGCCCACACGACUGUUUCGCGACUCUAUAGUACACAGGUACUAACGACAAGUAUAUACUAGAGCUACUUUCUGGUUUUUCAGAUAUACUAUACUUUUAUUUCGCCAUCAUAUGUUUUUUAAUUAACAGUUAGUGAAAUUAUACGUCAUACUUUUAUUUAUGAUGUUUCAUAAAACUGUGUAUGAAAUCAUUUAUGAUGUAAUACUGAAAUCUUUUCCUUUUUUUAAAUCGAAACUUGUAAAUUGUAUCUAUAUUACUAUAGGUUUUUGAACCCUUUAGUCGCAUAUAUUGUAAUAAAAAAAAAACAAAAUAUCCAGUUUUAUUUUAGCGCUCUUAUAAGAACAACAAAAAUGUACAUUAACAUAGGAUAUAAUAUAAAGAAUAUAUCAAUAAAAUAGGAUGGCACACACAACUCGUGUAUACAUUUUUUCUGAUAAACGAUAAACGUGAAUAUGAAACGGAACAUUGAUUUAGCACACACAUGAUGCGGCAUACAUUUACAUUUAUAUAUGUAUAUAUAUAAUAUAAACAUUCACGAUAUUAUAUAUAUAAAUAUGUAAAAUUAUAAUAUAUAAUCUAGCAAUAGUAUAGUACACAAGAAGAGAUUCAUUUUAUUUUCUUCUUGUAUACACUUCGAAAACGAUUAUAGGAUUACAUCAAUAUGUAGAUAGUCGUUAAAUGAAGUAACGGGUUUAAUUUAGUAAUUUCAAUUUGUCCCGAUGUUUUUGUACUGUUAUUGUAGGAUAUAAUUUUAGAAGAAAAAAAAUCGUAAUCGAUGAAAGAUACGAGAUGGUGCAUUUUUGCACUGUAUGGCUGUAUUAUUUAAUUCUGCUAUCUUGCCAAACGCUUACGGCAAGCCAUGUUGGUAAAACUAAGAAACAGACAUAAUUACAGAAAUAUAUAGUUUAUUGUAAUAAUUUGUACAAUAUUACAUGAUUAUAAAAAUAAAGUGUGUACCAACAUUGAA